UACCAUGGGUAUUCCCGGCUUUAACAUAUGGUUCUCGGAAUCUUAUAGCAAGGCAUACGUGCCUUUGGGCCAGGUCCGCGUGGACCACCUCUACAUCGACCUCAACUCGGUGCUGCACACCGUUAUGCGUCAUGCUUCUUCCCACACUCACUUCCAUAAGCUGCUCCACAAGCGCCUUAAUGCCAUCUUAGAAGCCACCAACCCCAGCAAGUCAGUAAUGAUUGCGGUGGACGGGCCCGCGCCGCUGGCCAAACUCAUCACACAGCGGGAGAGGCGCAAGAAGACGGGUCGCUCUGUGUCCGAGGGCGAGACACUAACAGGCGCCGCCAUCACCCCCGGCACCACCUUCAUGCUCGACCUGACGCACUCGCUCACCUACUUCUGCUGCGUCAAGAUGUCCAGCCGUCGCUUCCGCCACCUGGUAUUCGAGCUGUCGGAUGGCACCGUCAAGGGCGAGGGCGAGGUGAAGGUGCUGGGGCGGCUGGCGCGGCACUGGUACCCCGAGGACCCGGAGGAUACCCACGUGAUCCUGGGUGACGAUGCGGACCUGGUGCUCAUGGCUCUCACCAGCUACAAGGAGAACCUGUAUGUUGCCAACAGCGGCCUCAACGACGGGCGACUGGACCGCCGUACACCCGUGUUCUCUGUCAACCUGCUGCACCAGCAGUGGGCGGCGGGAAUGCUGGCGGAGGUGGUGCGGGGAGGCCAGGUCCCGCUCCCCUCCGCGCUGCUGCAUGCCAAGCUGGACCUCACCCUCAUCGCCAUCCUGAGCAAGGGGAACGACUACCUGCCAGGGGCCAAGGGGGUGGCGCUGGAUGGCUCUGGUCGCUCCGGCCUGUGGCGCACCUACCAGCGCGCCGUCUCCUCCCCCACCUCCGCCUGUCCCCUGGGUCCCCGCGCCUCGCUCACCCUGAUCGACCCCGCCACGGGAACACCCAUGCUCGAUGCGGCGGCGCUAGCUGCCCUACUGAAGCUAGCUGGAGUGGGAGGAGGAGGAGGAGGAGGAGGGGGGGCAGGAGGAGGAGGGAGAGAUGCGGAGGAUGUGGCGGCGGGGGGUGGCCUGGCGCCCAAGCCGCCUGCUGACCCACGGGUCUAUCUGUAUGGCUGCGUGUGGCUGCUGACGAUGUACCUGACAGGGCAGUGCCCCGAUUACCGCUUCUACUACGACGGCUUGGCCCCCACCGCCUCCUCCCUUCGAGCCGCAUGCGAGGCAGCCGUCGCAGCCGGCAACCCGCACCUCAGCCUUGCCUCAUUCGGACCCACCGACCCACGGGCCACCAUGCCGCUCCUGCCUGUCGCCUGUGCGCUCGCGCUGCUACCGGCUAACUGCCGGCACCUGGCGGCGCCGUGUGUACGACACCUCAUGGACGGAGGUAAUGGCAGCAGUGGUAGCUCCCAAGAUGAUGUUGCCGGCACUAGCAGUGAUGAAGGUAGCGGUAAUGGUAACGGUCGAUCGAUUGCGGUGGUUGCGGUCGCGACUGCUGCGGCAACGGCCACCGUUACGCACCAGCACCAGCCUCAGCAACCCCACCAGCACCAGGCAUUGGACGGGGAUGUGUACGAACUCUUGUACGGCGAGUGUACGGAGUGCUUGCAUCACUCGUCGGAGGCGGCACGGUUGCAGCGGUUGGUGGCAUCCACCAAGCAGGCGGUUUCGUUGGCUGCCGGGCGCUUGGAUGCCGUACAACGGGGUACGGCACCCGUUGGGGAACCGGACGAGCAGCAGCUCCAGCGCGAGUUGUCGGAGGCGGAGGCCAAAUACGAGGCCGCCAAAAGCCAGGCGAGGCUGAUGGAGCAGCGGCGGCGGCGCCACAUCACCUCCGCACACCCCUACCGCCGCUUUCCGGUGGAGAAGCUGGAGCAGGUGGCGGAGGCCGUGUUGGCUGCGCGUCCCAUCAGUCCCGGGGAACGACCCGCAACCGCAUUCGGCAGGCCGCUGUUGCUCCGUGCCUUCGACAGCAAACCCGAGGCCGCCUCCUUCGUCCGCUCCGCCUCCGCACCCAACCUCGCCAUCGCCCUGCCUCACCAACACCAGCAGCACAGGAACGCCUCUUCCAUGGCGCACCUCCCCUCUCACCCCCAACGACCUCACCAACACCAGCAACGGCAGAGUUACCCGCACCAGCAGCAGCAGUACCAGCAACCUCAGUUGCCGCCAAGGUCCUCCGAUUUCGCCCUGCUGUUCGUACCUCCGCCGCCCCCCUUCAAGGUGGACAGGGAUAGCUACUUCGCCGCUAUGGUACGACAGGAGGUGUUGUACGACGAGUACGACAGCGGGAGGCCGCUACAGCUGCGACUGGCGCCGCCGCAGCAGGGGGAGGCGGUGCAGUACUUGCUGUCGUCGCAGCUGCCGGACGCAUAUGAGAUGCAGAAGAUGGCUGCUGCGACGGCGACGACGACG